AUGCCCCGCGUAAAAGCAUCACCCAAAAAAUGCGUCAAAACGUCAUCGAAUUCCAAUCCGGCCACCAAUGCGUGGGUUUUUCUCAUGAAAGGUGAAGGACUAGAAGGUACUGAUGGAAAUAUUCCGGAUGUUGUUAAAUUGCGACACCCCGCAUCCAGCCAAGCAGCGAUGUUUUUAUUCAGCCCCGGUGAUUUGACAGUUCAAGAAGUUUUGACAAUCGAUGAGAACAAAAGAUCUUGGUUUGUUGACGACAAUGUCAAGUCAGAUGGAAAAAUGCACCUGUCAACUCCAAUAGAUCCAAUCUUUCUCGUCUUACCGUACUUGAGAAAAUCCCAGUACGCUGUACCCCUGGAGCAGCUUCUCAGAGACGACGAGUACCCGGAGACUGAAAGACUGGCUCGCUGUCAGAAUCUCAAGCUAACUCUGGUCGCGGAUCGCCGCGGUGAUGAAUCUUUGCAAGCUUACAAGUACAAUGAGGAAAAAACGCUGAUCUGGCUGCAGAAGAAAGUUGAGCGAGUCGCUGAGACUCUCAGACAAAAGGGCAUUUAUGUAUCUCCUGGCGCUGUCAGUGCAAAUUAUGUUAAAAGUAGUAAAUAUGAACCUGCUAGUGAUACUGAUUUGUCCAAAAAAUUAGCUCAGUUUCUUAAUUUACCAGAGGAAAUAGAAAAUAAUCCCAAGCGAAAGCUGUCAAGCCCUAAAGAAGUUUCAGACAACAAACGGCAGAAAAGUGAACCCGCUGAAACGGAAAAUCCACCUAAAAUGCGUGCAUUAGAUUUAACCAAGCCUGAAAAGGUGACGAAACAACCGACAAAAAAAGAAUUGGCCCGUCAAAAAGCAGCAGCUGGUUCAAAAAAUAUCUCUUCAUUCUUCAAGAAAAAAUAA